CGUGCUUCUCUUCUUUCUCACACGCAGGAACUCCCAAGAUGUCCUUGGUGGCGGUGCCUUUCUACCAGAAGAGACACAAGCACUUUGACCAGUCAUAUCGUAACAUUCAAACAAGAUACCUUCUGGAUGAGUACGCUUCGAAAAAGCGAGCAUCCACGCAGUCAUCUACGCAGAGGUCCCUUACACAGCGGUCAUCUGCGCAGAGAGCUUCCAGCCAGAGCUCUACCGGGGGGACCACCUGCCGGCUGUGUGCAAAGCGGCUGAGCGCGUCGGAAGAGGAUGAGCGUGACAAUGAACACAGGUACCAAUCCCAUGUGGCUGCUUAUGGCGAGGCCAAGAGGCAGCGCUUCCUCAGUGAGCUGGCCCAGCUGGAGGAGAAUAUUCAUCUGGCCCGAUCCCAGGCCCGAGACAAGCUGGACAGAUACUCCCUGCAGCAGAUGGUGGAGGACAAGCUGGCAUGGGAGAGACACUCGUUUGAGGAGCGGAUGAGCAGGGCUCCGGAGAUCCUGGUGCGGCUGAGGUCCCACACCGUCUGGGAGAAGAUGUCUGUGAGGCUCUGCUUCACUGUGCAAGGCUUCCCCACGCCCGUGGUGCAAUGGUACAAAGAUGGCAGUCUGAUCUGCCAGGCAGGCGAGCCAGGGAAGUACAGGAUUGAGAGCAAGUACGGCGUGCACACGCUGGAGAUCAACAGGGCCAACUUUGAUGACACAGCCACCUACUCGGCAGUGGCCACCAACUGUCAUGGACAAGUAUCAACCAAUGCCGCGGUGGUGGUGAGAAGGUUCCGAGGAGAUGAAGAGCCAUUCCACUCCGUGGGACUCCCAAUCGGUUUGCCCCUGUCCUCUGUGAUUCCAUACACGCACUUCGAGGUUCAGUUUUUGGAGAAAUUCGGGGUCACCUUCAGAAGAGAAGGGGAGACACUCACGCUCAAGUGCACGCUGCUGGUGACACCAGACCUGAAGAGGGUGCAGCCUCGGGCUGAGUGGUACCGUGAUGAUGUGUUGGUGAAAGAGUCAAAGUGGACAAAGAUGUUCUUCGGAGAAGGUCAGGCCUCACUGUCCUUCAGCCACCUGAACAAGGACGAUGAGGGUCUGUACACAUUGAGGAUCGUGUCGCGGGGAGGCGUCAGCGAUCACAGUGCUUUCCUGUUUGUCAGAGAUGCUGACCCACUGGUCACAGGGGCUCCCGGGGCACCCAUGGACCUGAAGUGCUACGAUGCCAACCGGGACUAUGUCAUCGUGACCUGGAAGCCACCCAAUACGACAACUGAGAGCCCUGUCAUUGGGUACUUCAUCGAUCGAUGUGAAGUGGGAACCAACAAUUGGGUUCAGUGCAAUGACGCCCCUGUGAAGAUCUGCAAAUACCCUGUGACGGGACUUUUUGAAGGAAGGUCUUACGUGUUCCGUGUGAGGGCGGUCAACAACUCAGGCAUUAGCCGGCCUUCCAGGGUUUCUGACACGGUGGCUGCCCUUGACCCUGCUGACCUCAAAAGGUUACAAGGAAUUCAUUUGGAGGGAGAGAAGGAAAUCAUCAUGUACCAGGAUGACCUUGAAGGUGAUGUUCAGAUUCCGGGACCUCCCACCAACGUGCAAGCCUGUGAGAUCAGCAGAAAUUAUGUGGUCCUCAGCUGGGACCCCCCCACUCCCCGGGGCAAGGAGCCGCUAAUGUACUUCAUCGAGAAGUCUGUGGUGGGCAGUGGCAGCUGGCAGCGAGUUAAUGCCCAGACGGCCGUGAGGUCCCCACGAUACGCCGUCUUCGACCUCGCUGAGGGAAAGUCCUACGUGUGGGUGUUGUCAGCCAACAAGCACGGCCUGAGCGACCCGGAGAUAACGGCUCCCAUCCAGGCGCAGGACACAACAGUGGUUCCUUCUGCCCCGGGGAGGGUGCUUGCUUCCCGGAACACCAAGACGUCAGUCGUGGUGCAGUGGGACAGGCCGAAGCACGAAGAGGACCUGCUGGGCUACUACGUGGACUGCUGUGUGGCAGGGACCAACCUGUGGGAGCCGUGCAACCACAAGCCCA